AUGGCGGAGGCCACAAAACUCAGCGACGCGCCAAAGAGCGCCGUCGCCGCAACCCUGGAACAACUCAAGCCGCAGGAGGCUGAGUCAAAGACACUGAAGAUUGAGAAUACUGAGAAGCGUGACACAUUGACCGCGCAAGAGAAGAAGUAUCAGAAAGCAUGGGAAGAGCAAGGCGUCUUCAACCCCGACGCCCCAUCUCUCGAAGAAGAACCCUUCGACACCACCACACCUGACCAACUCCACGAGAAGUACCCUAAAUGGUUUGGUUGCUUUGCUUACCCGUACAUGAACGGUACCCUACAUGCCGGACAUGGUUUCACCGCGAGUAAAGUCGAGUUUACCGCAGGUUUCCGAAGGAUGACUGGCGCUCGUGCUCUCUUUCCGUUAGGUUACCAUGUGACCGGCAUGCCUAUCAAGGCAUGUGCAGACAAGUUGGUUCGGGAGGUUGAGAUGUUCGGAAAGAACUUUGAACGCUGCCCUGUUGAAGAUGUUGUCGAGACUUCUGUACCAGAGCCACCAGCUCCAACACAGGCUGAGACAAAGACCGACAUCACCAAGUUCAAGGCACAGAAAGGCAAGGCAUCCGCCAAGACUGUCAAGACAAAGUACCAGUUCCAAAUCAUGCUUGCCCAGGGCAUCCCUCUUGAGGAGAUUCACAAGUUCUCUGACCCUUAUCACUGGAUCGAGUUCUUCCCCCCACUUGCUAAGAAGGAUCUCACAGCAUUUGGAGCUAGGAUAGACUGGAGACGUCAGUUCGUCACCACCGAUGCCAACCCCUACUACGACAACUUUGUUGCCUGGCAAAUGCGCCGCCUGAAAGCCAUGGGAAAGAUCAUCUUUGCUAAGCGCUACACUGUCUACAGUCCAAAGGAUGGCCAAGCAUGCAUGGACCACGACAGGCAGUCAGGAGAAGGUGUCACCGUCCAGGAGUACACCGCACUCAAGAUGAAGGUUGUGAAGUGGGCAGAUUCCGCCAAGGCACAUGCCGACGCCGUUCCCGAGGGCGCCUCUUGCUACUUCGUCCCAGCCACGCUUCGUCCAGAAACUAUGUACGGUCAGACCUCAUGUUUCGUAGGCCCUGCGAUCAACUACUCCUUGGUCAAGAUCAACGACAACGAAUACUACGUCCUUAGUGAGAGAGCCGCGAGGAACAUGGCAUACCAAGGUACCACUGCCAAAUGGGGCGAGUACUCGAUUGUCGCCACCUUCCCUGGUAAGGAUGUUGUUGGCACAGUCGUCAACGCCCCUCUUUCCGUCCACAAGGACGUCUACAUUCUUCCCAUGGAGACAGUCAAGGACACAAAGGGUACGGCUGUUGUCACAUGCGUGCCAUCAGACUCGCCAGAUGACUACAUCACGUCCUUCGAUCUCGCCAAGAAAGCCGAGUACUACGGUAUCCAGAAGGAAUGGGUCAAGUUUGACGACCUCCUGCCAAUUAUUGAAACUCCCUCUUACGGUAACCUCACCGCGAAGCACUUGGUGGAGCAGAUGAAGAUUCAAUCCCCCAAAGACUCUGCAAAGCUUGCCGACGCCAAAGAGAAGGCCUACAAGGAAGGAUUCUACAAGGGCAAGAUGGUUCACGGCGACUUCAGCGGAAAGACUGUAGAAGAAGCCAAGCCGCUGGUUCGCAAGCAGCUCAUCGACUCUGGUGAUGCCUUCCCGUACGCCGAGCCUGAUGGCAAGGUCAUCAGCCGAAGUGGUGACGACUGCGUUGCAGCUCUUCUCGACCAAUGGUACAUGAACUACGGCACAGCAGCGAACGGCGGAGACGGUGAAUGGGCUGAGAAGGUCCGCUCGCAUAUUGAGGGCGAGCUCAACCUUUACUACCCUGAGGCGAAGAACCAAUUCUUGCGAGUCGUCGACUGGCUCAGCAUCUGGGCGUGUGCUCGUUCAUACGGUCUUGGUACCAAGGUACCCUGGGACCCAAGUGUGAUGGUCGAGAGUCUGUCAGACAGCACAAUCUACCAAGCCUACUACUCAUUCGCCCACCUACUGCACAAGGACAUGUUCGGAAAGGAGCCUGGUCCUCUCGGAGUUAAGCCUGAUCAGCUUACAGACGAGGCUUGGGAUUAUGUAUUCGCUCUCCGCGACCGAUCUGAUCUCCCGCAAUCCGACAUUCCCGCCAAGACUCUGCAAACUAUGCGACGACACUUCGACUACUGGUACCCACUUGACAUGCGCACCAGUGGUAAGGAUCUCAUCCAGAACCAUCUGACCUUUAACCUUUACGUCCAUACCGCCAUCUUCCCCAAGGAGAACUGGCCCCGCAGCUUCCGUGUGAAUGGACAUCUGCUCCUUAACGGUGACAAGAUGAGCAAGUCUACCGGUAACUUCCUGACCAUCGCCGGUGCUGUCGAGAAGUUCGGUGCCGACGCUACACGUAUUGCCCUUGCCGACGCAGGAGACGAGAUCUCAGACGCCAACUUCGAAGAGACAGUCGCGAACAGCAACAUCCUGAAGCUGUUCGAGCUCCGCAAAUGGUGUGAAGACUUGAUGAACGAAGCUAUCUACGUUCCCAAUGCAGCCGCAUACAUGGAGAAGAGGCAAGAAGCGAAGGUCAAGAACCCUGACGUUAUCCAACGACAGAGCGGUAGCGAGCGUCUGCUCUUCGACAACAUGUUUGACAACGAGAUGAACUUCUUGGUUCACGAGGCAUUUGGACACUACUCCAACACAUCUUACAAGCUAGCUCUCAAGUCCGGGUUCUACGACUUCACCAGCGCGCGUGACUUCUACCGUGAGGCCACCAAGGCUGCGGGUAUUGGUAUGCACCAAGACUUGGUCAAGAAGUUCAUUGAACUCCAAGCCCUUCUCCUCACACCUAUCGCGCCUCACUGGGCAGAAUACAUCUGGCUUGAGGUGCUCAAGAACAAGGAGACCAUCCAGAAAGCGCUUUGGCCCAAGGUCCCCGAGCCCAACGCUUCCCUCACCGCUGCCCGAGAGUUUGUCCGAACCACACAAACAAACAUCACAUCAGCAGAGGGUAACGCCAUGAAGAAGCUAUCAAAGGGUAAAGCCGCUACUUUCGACCCCAAGAAGGAGAAGAAGAUCAUCAUCUUCGCCGCCAAGGAGUGGCCUGCUUGGCAGAAGAAGUACAUUGAUAUGCUCCGCGACGCCGAAUCCAUCGACAUCAAGGCCAUCAGCAAGUCCAUUGACAAGUCUGAAUCCAAGAAAGCCAUGCCUUUCAUCAACGGUCUCAAGCGUCGUCUCGACAACGGUGAGCCCAAGGAAGUCGUUCUGAACCGUGAACUUGCUUUCGAUGAGCUUGACACUCUGCGUGCUAUGGUUCCCGGUCUGAAGCAGACGGUGCAGAAGUGCGUUGACGUGGAGAUCAUCACUGUCACAGAAGGUGGCAAGGAUGGAACUGUCAUUAAGGAGGACGGUAGCCAAGGUGAUGCACGAUCGGAUCUUCCACCGCAGGCUGCUACUGCUGAGCCAGGCAGCCCGAGCUUCGCUUUCGAGAACGUCGAGAACAUGCCCGUGCGAUAA